AUGUAUGCAUCUGGAAAAGUUCAAUCAAGAGAAUUAACUAUUGGGCGAUUCGCAAAAACAGAACCAAUAUAUAAACCUCGUGAAGUCAAAUUUAAUGGUUCUGAACUCAGUAAUUACGUUCCACGAAAUCAAUACGCAACCAACAAUAUUUAUAUAAAUCCAGAUGUUACAAAAGAAGGACAGGAGAAAUUAUCUCAAAAAUUACAUAGCGAAAUUGAAAAAGAAGAAGAAUUAACUCAGGCUUUCUUAACACGUGAACACCAUCACAAGAAAGAUCCUGCAAAUGAUAAUGCAAAGAUAUUUAAUGAUUUCUGUGUUGAUUUUAUUGAUAAAGCUACAACAACAAGGGAGGAUGUAUCAAUGUCAAUUAACCAAGUGCAAGAUAGGCUUGCUAGAUUAGAGGAAAUGAGAGCCCACUUGGAAGAAAUAGAACGAAGGUCUUAUCGAUUCGAAAUGAAUCUUCCUGAAGAACCAAUCUCAGAAACCGACUCAGUAAUUAGUACAGAUUAA